AUGUACUUCCAAAGCAAUCAAAUCUGGAGCAUCCUCCUUCUUACAAGCAUUUUAGGGCUGGCCCUGGAAGCAAAGAGCGUACCAAAGCCAAGCUCACAAGACAACACGGGCGUAUGUUUCUUGGUGGGACAAUCGUCUUUACCAUCGGAUGUGGUUGUAAACAAAGAGUUGGCAAAAUCAUGCAUAGCAGGUUCUUCGGCUUUCCCUGAUGAAAAAACACUUAAAAAACUUCCGGAUAUACUUUUUAAAAGCGUUAAAUUCAGUGAUAUCUCCUACAAGAAAAGGAAAUCUGGUGCUUCCGCAGUUCGAUUUGCUAUAGACACAUUUGGAAAGAAGAGCAAAGCAGAGUUGGAAACGGCGCUCCAGGUCUAUGGUGCGAUCAAUGCAGGACUCAGAAGUAUUGGAGAUGGAGCCGCGAAGAAGGUCUUGGGCGAGUUGAAAGGGUGA